AUGUCAAACACAGACGGAGACCCGGAGAGCGACAAGCUCAAAGGCGUCUUCACGACGCUGAUGGCCGACGGCGACUGGAUGUUCCACAAAGGAGAGUACCAGAAGGCCAUCGGCAGCUUCACCACGGCCCUGGCGUUGAAGCCGGACGAUAAACACUGUUUAGUGGGUCGAUCGAAGUGUCACCUGCGGAUGGGCCAGCCCGACAAGGCCCUGAGAGACGCCGACGCUUCGCUCAAAGACGACAAGUCCUUCUUCGAAGGACUGUAUCAGAAGGCGGAGGCGUUAUACUACAUGGCUGAGUUCGAGUUCGCGCUGGUGUUUUACCACAGAGGACAACGGCUGAGACCACAGGUCCAGGGCUUCAGGCUGGGCAUCCAGAAGGCCCAGGAGGCCAUCGAGAACUCUGUUGGGAGCCAUUCCUCUGUAAAACUGGAGAUUAAAGGAGACUUGUCAUUCCUCAGAGAAGAUGAAGAGAGAACUCAACCAGUCACUGCCAUCAAAACCCUGAUGAACGGGAAACGACAGAAGACCCCAAAACGCGAGAAGAGCCCCAGACAGCAGCCGGGAGGGUUUCACUGCGACAGGAAAUUCCUCCAAAACCUGAUGAAAGACCAAGACUUGGUCAAACGCAGGACGAAAGCGGGGGAGCAGCUCCAGGACGUCCUCCAGGGCUGCCUGUCGUAUCUGGACACCUGCAGUGAGUUCUGGAAGCAGGAGAAACCCGUCUGCUCACGAGCGCGAAGUCCAAAGCAGAAGCGGCAGACGCCCUCCGAACCGGCUCGGUUUCUGCUGGAGCGCUUCGAUGAGAUCGACGCAGAGCUGACGUCUGGAAACGCAGCGCUGAGUCUGAAGAAGGCAGAGGAAACCAUGAAGGCGGUGCAGAGGUGGUCCGAGCGAGCCGUUCCCAAUAAAAAGGAGGUGUUGUCCAGCCUGCACAGCUGCAUGGGAAACGCCUGGCUGCAGCUGGGAGACAUGGACCGAGCGCUCGAGCAUCAUCAGAAGGAUCUGGAGCUUUCCAAACAGUGUAAACUCCAGGAGGCGAUGUCCAGAGCGCUGGACAAUAUCGGCAGUGUCUGCGCUCGCAUGGGACGCUUUGAGCAGGCCGUAGACUACUGGAAGCAGAAGCUUCCCCUGUGCCGCGGCGGCCUGGAGGAGACCUGGCUGUUCCACGAGAUGGGCUGGUGCUGCCUGGAGCUCGGCCGGCACGAGGAGGCCCGGGGUUACGCCCGCCGCUCGGCCGCCGCCGCCGACCAGACGGCCGACGAGAAGUGGCAGAUGAACGCCAGCGUUCUGGUGGCGCAGUCAGAAUUGCAUCUUGGGAACUUUGAGUCCUGCGUUGCUCAUUUCGAGAGAGCUCUGACUCUUGCCAAACGUCAGGAGGAUGACUCUGCCGUGUGUGCCAUCCAGAAGCGCGUGGUCAGCGGCACCAGCGACCUGCAGCAGCCCGUCCCGUCCCCUCCGGUACAAUCUGGUGCAAAGUUGGCUUUAAUACCAGACAUGGAUCCUGAAAAUGCUGGUGAGGUGGCAGUGGUGCCAGAGCCAGAGGAGUCCGUAAUGGAAAAAGUGGCUGCGUUGACGCUGGAGACACCAGAGGAGUCCGCAGAGCCUGAGAAACCACCAGCUGCUGACAUGGAGGCCGAGCAGCUGGCGGUCAACGGCAGCGACACACAGGGCAGCGAUUCGCCUCAGGGGAAAGAGCCGCUGGCACCUCCAGAACCAGAGCAGCCGUCUGAAAAGGCGUCCGACCCGGCCGAGGCAGAAAGUGCUGAGCAGCAGCUUGUGCCGGAGAGCGAGCCAGAACCGUCGCCGGUGACGGAGAGCGUGCCAGAGCCGGAGAAGCUGCCAGAAACGGAGGUUGAACCACAAGCGGUGCCUGAAAUGCUCGCACGAGUCGCCCCUGCAGCUCCAGAGGCAAAGCCGACGGAGAACGGGCUGUCCUCGUCGGACGAGGUGGCGUCCUCAGUGGAGGAGGCAGUGGCCUCCUCGGUGGAGGAGGCGGUGGCGUCCGUGGAGCAUGUGUGUUCAGAGAAGCUAUUAGAGAACGGAGUGUCCUCCUCGGAUGAGGUGGCGUCUUCACUGGAAGUGGCGUCAUCCACGGAAAGCCCGCCGUUGGUGGCAGCGUCGUCGUCGUCCACGGAAAGCCCGCUGGUGAAUGGGCUGCCGGAGAGCGAGGUGUCGUCGUCGAACGAGACGGUGCCUUCAGAACAGCCAGCAGAAGCUAACUCUGAGCAGGUCAGCGCUGACCCUCCGAAGGAAGAAGACCCAGAUCCUGCGUCUGGAUCGCUGUCCUUUGCGUUGUUAGAGCGCGAUCAGACCAGAGAAGCCCUGCGGCUGUCUCGCACCCUGGUCGUCCUGAGAGGACUCCCCGGAAGCGGCAAAACCUUCCUGGCCCGCGCCAUCGCCGACGCCUACAAAGACAUGUGCUCCGUCGUCUGCGCGGACGACCAUGGAAUCAAACCAGAAAGCCCCGCGUCGAGCGCCGACGGCUACCGCGCCCUGGACGAGGCGGUGGUGGCCCGCUGCGGCGAAGGCACCACCUCCUCCCUGCUCAUCGUGGUGGACGACACCAACCACACGCUGGACCGGCUGGUCCGCCUGGCCGAGCUGGCCGAGCAGCAGCACCUGGUGCCCGUCUUCCUGGAGCCGCAGACGGAGUGGAGCAGAGAUCCGGAGCAGCUGUCCAAGAGGACCAAGCGAGGACUGGAGCCGGCCAAGCUGGAGGCCAUGAAGGCGCCGCUGCUGGAGGUCUCCCUGCCGCUCUACUUCGGCUGGUUCCUGCUGUCCUCGGCCCAGGACAAGGUCAAGUGCAUGGCGCUGGACUUCGUCAAGACUCUGGACACUUUGGAUGCCUUCAAGAAACACUUGAUGGACUUCACAGGGAAGGCUGAGGCCGAGGUGGACCUGGAGCAUUACUUUAAAGCCAAAGGAGCCCUCCAUUGCACUACAAAAUUCUGCAACUAUGGAAAAGCUGAUGGUGCCAAAGAAUACGCACAGAACCCGGCGAUCAAGGAUUUCUACGGCUCCGUGUCGGAGCUGUCGCUGAGCGCCCUCUUCGUCACGCCCCGCACCGUCGGCGCCCGCGUGUCUCUCACCGAGGAGCAGCUCCAGCUGUGGCCGGCGGACGCGGAGAAGGAGGCGGAGUCUGCGGUUCCGGCCGCCGCCUCGCUGCCCCCGGGGAGCCGCGCCCACGUCACGCUGGGCUGCGCCGACGGCGUGGAGCCGGUGCAGACGGGCCUGGACCUGCUGGAGAUCCUGGCGCUGCAGCAGGAGGGCCAGCAGGGGGAGACGGUGGAGGAGAUGGAGCUGGGCGGCCUGGCCUACUACGGCGCCGGCAGGUGGCUGCUCAGCCUCCGGGAGCCCAUCGUCGCUCCCGCCUGUUUCUCCAGCUACUACGGCCACAAGGAAACCCAAGCCGCCAAACCCGAGAAGAAGAAGAAGCCCAAGUGCGCCAUCCUGUAGACGCCAGGCGGGGGGCUGUGUGGCCACGGGGGACUGCUGGAUUCACACUUGGGCUUAUUCUGUGUACGGUUUGUUGUUCGCAGCGUUUAGGGUUUCAGUCAGUAGCCGCUCUAAAGCCAACAGCUGUGCCUUUCUUUUGUUUUUCUGUUGAUUUGCACCACAACCCAAGAUGCCUUUAAAUCUGUUUAGGCUCGUCGUUGCAACGUGGAUCUGCAUUGAUUCUCAUAUAUCCUGUAGUUGCUCUCUUUGCUGAGGUUUUUGCAUCAUAUAGGCUCCUCCCACCCGUCAGACUUAGCUCCUCUCCCGUCAGUGUUGGUCAGUGUUCAGCUGUGAAACGUAGGUGCUUUCAUGCCACGCAGCCCCCGGUAACGGUAAAGACCCGGGCAGGAUCCGUCCGGGUCGUCAUGUAGCCAGUUGAAGAAGUGCUUUAGGUGUGUCUGUAUGUCUUGUAUGUUUACGCAGCCUAGGAAGUAAUUGACAGUAACCCAUGGGCCAAAGCUGUUUAAGUGUACCAGAAUGAAUCUCAGUCAGAGAUCCUUCCUUGUUGAAUCUUUGCACUCUGCAUUGUUU